AUGAAGAAUACCAUCCCAGAUACUCGAACCCAGGAAAAGGCCUCGAAGGACGCAAGGGAGAAGGAGCUGCUCGACGCCCUGGAUGAGGCUCUAUGUUGUGAAAAUUGCCAGAUCGCAGUCACCAAAGACAUCAUGACCAUCGAUAUCGACAAUGGCAAUUACAACGUGAAGCAUUACCCGCCCUUCUUUCAAAGCAACGUCAUAAACGACGAAAGCACCUCUCCCUUUGACACCACCACACAAAGUGAAAACCCGACAUACUGGAACCACACUUCGCUAUCUCAGCGCCAGCUCUACUACAAGCUGGUGGAGCAGAACCUGAACAAGGUACUCGGUGAGACGAAGGAUAUCGACCAAGAAGUGGCUGUUCUAUUUUCCCACUACCAAGUCGAUUAUCAUGUUCGCCAACACUAUCUUUCCCGACGAGGGGUUAUGACACUAUGCCGCGACAACUCCGACAUCCAGCAACUUCGCAGAUGGCAAUGGAAGACGUCCGAUAUUGAUACCAUCACUUCAUCCAAGCCAGCAGAGAUUGAACCGGUCGGAGCGAGGCAAUGGAGCUGGCCAAGCGACAAGAACUUGGAAAUGACAUACCAGCAUAUUAUGUGGAAACGCUCGUCGCAGGCACGACUGAAGCGCGUACGCGAGGUCAGAGCGCGAUGGGCGAUUAUUAUGGAGGAGAGGCGCAAGCAGAGAGAACAGCUCUUGCUUAAGCAAGGAGCUACCCUGACUGUGCGAGUCUACUGCCGCGGAGAGUUGUGGGAUAUUCGAACGUUGAAUACCGUGUACCCUGUGUCAACCGUGCCGAUUUUACGAGUGGGAAGGGUCACCCGGAGUAUGGGACUGUGA